AUGGCAUCUUUGCUAUAUCGAGUCUAUUCAGCCUUCACCCCAACCACAGUCGAGAAGAAGAGCGACGCCAUUAGGUUUGGUGUCCUGGGAGCAGCGAAGAUUGCUCCGUUGGCACUGAUAACCCCAGCAAAGUCCCAUCCUGAAAUCAUUGUAMAAGCCGUAGCUGCAAGAAAUCGUACCCGAGCCGAAGAGUUUGCAAAGCAGAACGGGAUUCCGGAAGUCAGAGAUACAUAUCAGGAAAUCCUUGACGACCCGAAUAUCGAUGCUAUCUUCAUUCCACUACCCAACAGUCUGCACUUUGAAUGGGCUGUUCGCGCCAUUCGCGCUGGUAAACAUGUCUUGGUCGAGAAGCCAUCUGUCUCAAACUCAAAAGAAGCCGAGAUUCUCUUCAAUCUCCCAGAACUAUCCCAGCCAAAUGCUCCAGUCCUACUGGAAGCUUUCCACAACCGUUUCCACCCUUCCGUGCACCUAUUUCGAACGUUCAUCAAUCCCGCCGAUGUCGUACACGUUCACACCGAUUCCAUGGUACCAUGGUUGAUGACCAGUGCAGACGGCAUUGAGUUCAACUACAACCUCUCCGGCGGCAGCAUGAUGAUGCUUGGAACAUACAACUUUGGCAUUUUGCGAAUGAUCUUUGCCGACGAGCCGGAGGAAUGUCUGACCUGCGAAACGAGCAUUUUGGGUGAUGGCACCCACGACAAAUGUGACUCCGAUUUCAAGGCACGGUUCCGCUUUCCAAACGGCGGUAUAGGCGAGGCUACUACUUCGUUGCGAGGGCCCAUCUUUUGGAAACCGUCAGAAGCUAGGGUUACACACAAGGAAGUCGCGGUUCCUGACAAGACACUGCCAGAUACCCAGGAGAAAGUAAUGACGCGUGUGGUUACGUUGCACGGCUUCUUGCAUGCUAUUAUCUGGCAUCGCAUCGAUGUCAAGGACUCCUAUAUCAUCCGCAACAAGGCGGAUGGGAAACUUGUCAGGAAAUGGGCUGAGUCAAAGUCGCACAAGGCUUACAGUUUCAAGGAGGCUGGUGAUAGAUUCUCAAAUUUGCCUGGCGAAAAUUGGUGGAUGUCGUACCGCUAUCAGCUCGAGGCAUUUGUGAAUCGGAUCAAGGGUCGGCCAACACAGUAUUGGGUGAGUGGAGAGGAUUCGAUCAACCAGAUGAAGAUGGUCGAUAUGGCUUAUGAGAAGAGUGGGCUUGGGCUGCGGCCAACGAGUUCUUUUAGAUAA